AAGGUCUAGGUUGCCUGUCAGCAUCUCAUGGCAGUUCCUUCUAAAUCCUGAUUUCCGAGCUUCUCUUGCUUGCGUUGGACCUUCGACUACGUCCAGUGCUAGGUGAGAAGUCGAGCGUAGCAGUGCGAGAAGUCCCAGGCGAACGGAACACAGUGAGCCGGCUUAGGCGAGCAUUGAAUCAAGCGAGCCGGAUCAGGCGAACGAAACUUAGCGAGGCGUCUUAGGCGCACGGGACUUAGUCGCCAUGUGGUCUCGAGGCGGUGCUUCCGUCGCGCCGGUGGGAAAGCCGGCAGCACACGGCGCGGGAGCUCCUAUGGCUCCUGGAGCGGUCCCCGAGAGCCUCAAAGUCGUCAACUGCCCGUCGCCAGAUCUCGCGUUGACGAACUUCGCAUUCCUUUCGCGAGCGGAGCUGCCGUUCUUCGCAGCGUACCAAGGGAGCUCGACUGGAUUCAUAGAGAUCGGGGGGAACGUCCUCACUGUUGCAUAUCCUCUUAUUCCCCACGAUGGAGUGGAGCCGGGAGGAGUGGCUCUCAACGCCGUGCAGCGCCGCAACGCACGGGUGUCAGCUGGAGACCGGGUCCCUGUGGGGAGGUUCGUCCCCCCGCCAAUGAACUUUGAGCUGCAGUCAAUCACUCUGGAGGUGGACUUUCACUCCAAGGGCCGAGCCAGAGCCGAGCAGCUGGAUGCAGCCGAGCUCUCAAAGGACGUGGUGAAGCGGUUCGCAGGGCAGGUGCUGACGGUGGGGCAGAAGAUCUCCUUCGAGUACCGCGGCACCAACUUCACCCUCUCAGUCAUCCUCGUGGAGUUCCCCGCCCCCGAGGGGCAGAGCGGUGCCCGGGCCUUUGUGUCCACGCGAGGGCUGUUGGUGAAGCAGACGGGGAUCAUCUACGAGGCCGCUGCUAGCUCGGGCAUCAAGAUUGUCAACCAGAAGACAGGUGGCGGCAAGGCGGCGGCUCUCUUCAAGCAGAAGGACUUCAACUUUGAGAAGCUCGGCAUCGGUGGACUUGACGCCCAGUUUGCUGAUAUUUUCCGCCGAGCCUUCGCCUCCCGCGUCUUCCCCCCCCACAUCAUCUCACGCCUCGGCAUCACCCACGUGAAGGGCAUGCUACUGCACGGCCCCCCUGGCACGGGCAAGACGCUGAUCGCACGGCAGAUCGGCAAGCUGCUCAACGGCAUGGAGCCCAAGGUGGUGAACGGCCCUGAGAUCCUGGACAAGUACGUGGGAGCGGCAGAGAAGAACAUCCGCGAUCUGUUUGCCGAUGCUGAGAAGGACCAGAAGGAGCACGGCGACGAGAGCGACCUCCACAUCAUCAUCUUCGAUGAGAUUGAUGCCAUUUGCAAGAGCCGAGGGUCGGUUCGCGAUGGCACAGGCGUGCACGACAGCAUAGUCAACCAGCUCCUUACCAAGAUUGACGGAGUGGAGUCACUUAACAACAUCUUGCUAAUCGGCAUGACUAACCGGAAAGACAUGCUCGAUGAAGCCUUGCUCAGACCUGGUCGCCUGGAGGUGCAGAUCGAAAUAGGGUUACCAGACGAGGAGGGGCGAGUGAAGAUCCUGGCCAUCCAUUCCAACAAGAUGCGCGAGAACUCCUUCAUGGGUGCUGACGUGGACCUCAACAACUUAGCCGCACGCACGAAGAACUUCAGUGGGGCGGAGCUGGAGGGUCUGGUCAAGAGUGCGGUCUCCUUUGCUCUUUCGAGGCAGACGGACCCCGCCGACCUCACCAAGGCGGUGGAUGAGGACAACAUCCGAGUCACCAUGGUGGAUUUCGAGGAGGCUCUUAAGGAGGUUCGACCCGCGUAUGGCGCCAACACAGAACAGCUCAACAUGUAUCGGCUGAACGGCAUGCUCCAGUCGUUGACAGCCCACCAUCACAUCCUCUCGACCGCCAAGCGCCAGGUGGUGCAAGUGCGGAGCAGCGAGCGGACUCCACUGCUGACGUGCCUGCUGGAGGGGUCGCCAGGGAGUGGGAAGACUGCUCUAGCUGCAACCAUCGCCAUGGAAAGUGGUUUCCCCUUUGUCAAGAUGGUAUCAGCCGAGACAAUGGUCGGCAUGUCGGAACCGUCCAAGUGCUCAGCCAUUGCCAAGGUGUUUGACGACGCCUACAAGUCCGCCUUCAGCAUCGUCAUCCUCGACGACAUAGAGCGCCUCUUCGAGUACGUCAGCAUCGGCCCGCGCUUCUCCAACCUCGUGCUGCAGUCGCUGCUCGUCCUUGUCAAGAGGCUCCCCCCUGAGGGCCACAAGCUGUACGUGAUUGCAACCACCAGCCUGCCCGAGCCUCUGCAGGAGGCCAUGCAUCUGUCGUCGUCCUUCAACACUGUGCUCACUGUGCCCACGCUCUCGCGUGUAGAGACCAAGGCGGCGCUGAGGGAGCUGGACGUGUUCGAAGCCGACGAUCUGGACACUGCCGUGGACGCUCUACACGCCACAGUGGAAGAGAUGACCAUCAAGAAGCUUCUCAUGUUCAUUGAGAUGGCCUCCCAGGGACCCACCACAGCUCCUGGGCAGCCCAGACCCAAGAUCGAUAUCGGAUUCCUCUGCGAAUGCCUCAAGGAUCUCUCGUAAGUGGGCGGGAUGGUGAGAACUGUAGCAGAUGUGACUAGCCAGGUCAGCGCAAAGCAGACCCAAGACUGAUAUCGGAUUCCUCUGCAAGUGCCUCAAGGAUCUCUCGUAAGGGUUCAUACGGCAAGCAGCGGGGAGCAGAGGGGAUUAUUCAAGUGCGGAACGACCACCAUGCGAUGUGUCAUGCAGUGCAGUUAUUGGCCAUAAGAACAGCAGGCUAUUGCACGCACUGGUAGAUUGGAGGAGGCCCAUAAACACGAUGUGAUAGGCGUGACAGGCAGUUUCUCCACACUGGCUGUGCAUUGCUUUCUUGCAUCCCCAGUCCACCAUAUACAUCCUCUAGCAUACCACUGGCUGAAUUAAGAACGACACUGUACAAACUUGUGC